UUAACUUAAAAAAAAAGUUAUUUUAUAGUAAAAUGCCACCAAAAAAGAAGUUGAAGCUUACUCGAAAUAAGGCUGAAGUAUUUCUAGUAAAGAAAGUUAGAGAAAAUCUUUCAUGUUAUAAACUUCCUACUGGCAUAGAGGUUUUGCAAUACUACCUAUAUCUAAGAAACUUGAAUCCCAAAGUAAAGAAAACGGUUUUAAUAAGGUGUCAUUUCGAAAUUAAUUCAUUUGAGCUCAGAUGCCCUCCACAAGCUGACUGUUGUGUAAUGUCUAAAUUGGUAAGGCCAUGGAAUCUUGCAGGGUUCCCUAUCAUAACCUUGGAAAAUAUCAGAAAGAAGAUUGAUAAAAUGGUGAACAACUAUUACAAGUUAAAGAAGAAUAGCAAAAGGAACAGCCCAUCAGAUACGAAAAGGAAUGAGGCAUUUUUUGAAGAAAUGUUAAAAUGCUUUUGGAUUAGUAAAAAAAAAGAAGAACUAAUUGAAGAUAUUAUAAAAGACAGGAGAAGGACAUCCGAAGCCAAAAAUGAAGAUAUUGUGUUUAUCUUAGACCAAAUUGGAAAUAGGAUAGGAAGAAUAGGAACAAAUGAUAAAAGGUUUACGUACACUAUUAAGAGAUCCCACAAAAAAUUGUGUUCCAUGUUAAACAUGGAGAUUAAAGUAAACAAUGGUAACAAUCUAUACAGUUUAGAAAACUCUUCAAGUAGUAAUAAUAAUUCUGACUGUGAAUAUGUAGCAGAUAUAAAAAAAGAACAAUCUACCUCUGUUGUUUUGUUACCAAAAAAUAUUUAAAAAAAAAACAGCUCUCACAGCAAUAGGUGAAGGACUUUCAGUUAGACAACACACUGCAAUAGUGGCAAGUGUUAUUGCUAAUUCAGGAGGUGAUGUUACUAAUUUUGCAAUAUCUUCUUCAAUCGCAUUUAGAGUUGCAGAAGAAGUUGUAACUAAAGAGGGAGAAAAGAUUAAAAAGCACGUUACUGAUCUUGUUAAAUCUUCAUCAUUACCAAUUAUUCUCCAUUUUGAUGGAAAAAUAGUUAAGGAGUUCACAAGCGAAAUAGAACAUCAACUUGACAGACUUGCUGUUUCCAUCAGGAUAGAUGGACAGAGUGAGCUUCUUGGGGUUCCUCAUUUGAGCUCUAGUACUGGAGAAACACAGAAGAAUACAAUCAUAAAACUUCUUCAUCAAUUUGAUAUUUUUGAUAAAUUACAAGGAUGCGUUUUUGAUACAACUUCUGUAAAUACUGGUAAUAAAAAGGGUUUGUGCAUUAGAUUAGCUGCAGAG